AUGUUGGGCCCCCUCGACUCUCUUAUUGCUUUGGGUAGAGAUAACUGGUGCGAAGACAUCAUCAUCGCUCUUGUGGUCAGCUUCAUUAGUUGCUUUCUCUGUGGCAAGCCCCAUCGGUUGGCUUCCUGUCCAACCUUCCAAAGUAAACCUCUGAGCAAAAAACAGCAGCUCGUAAACGACAGGCAACUUUGUCUUAAUUGCCUUAGUCAACACUUUGUAAAACAGUGUAAGAGUAAGUUCUCGUGCUCGGUUUGUCAUCGAAAGCAUCAUACCCUAUUGCAUAAGGAAGAGGCCAAGUCAAAUCCCUCGAAAGACUUAACCUCUUUUGAUAAACCCGCUGGUGGUCCUGAAAAAUUUCAUGAACUUCCACCCAAUCAAAGCUUCUUCGCUAACGUCAACUUAUUGCGUAGCGAGGGCUUACCUGCAGGACCCAAGGUUCUUUUAGCUACCACUCAAAUUUACGUUCAAGGCCCAGACGGUUCACAGGUUCUAGUCAGAGCCCUUAUUGACCAGGGUUCUCAAAGUUCUCUGGUGACUCGUUCUCUUUGCGAUGUCUUAAGACUUAAGACCCACUCGGUUAACAUCUUAUUAGCUGGCGUAGGGGAUGUACCCUCAACUCAUGUUGCGAGAAGGACUUACAUGAACUUACGACCAAAAUUUGACUCGUGUUUCAAGUGCGACACUGAGGCCCUGAUUGUUCCUAAGAUUUCUUUGUAUAAAAUAGACGUUCUGCUAGGAGCCUCUGUUCACGCUUACAUAAUUCAAAAUUUAAUUCGACGAGGCUCUCUCGAUCAACCCAUCGCUUUAGCCUCUCAGAUCGGAUGGCUAUUAUCAGGACCUGUUUCCUUCGUAUCAGAGAGUGUCUCUUCCUUCAAGCAAGCCAGCCACUUGAGAACCGUGCCUAAAGAAAUUGCAGUGAUGCACGCUUCCAAGGGCCCUGAUCUCGAUGAAGUUAUGCAACGUUUUUGGCUGGUUGAGGAACCUCUCUCCAAGCCUGAGCUGAAGGGAGACGAUCUUCGUUGUGAGGAGCAUUUUAACCUCACGCAUUUUCGAUCCCCUGACGGCCGUUUUGUGGUCAAAUUUCCGUUCAAGGGCGAAACUGUUGACACCCUUUCGCUUCGUAAGGGCACAUACAAAACUGCGCUCUCCAUGUUUCAUCAGCAGGAGAAAAGAUUCGGGAACGAUCCUUGCUUAUACGAGUUGUACAAGUCCUUCAUGUCUAAGUACAUAGCUCUCGGCCACAUGUGUGAGAUAUUUGACUCCAGACCAGAAAAGAGCUUUUUCCCCACAUUAUGGGGUCUUAAGGACCAAGUGCUCUUUGCCUAA